UCCUCCCUCCCUCCCCGGAGCCUGACAGCCCGUUAGCUGCUGCUGCUGCUCACCGGCAAUGAGACAGCAAACACGGAGUCGCUGACACGACCCGAGAUGGACUUAGCGAGCCCUUUCCCCCGCUGCACAGACGGACACUACCCGCGCACGGCUGCCCGCUAACCGGAGGGGACGCGUAUCCAUCCAUCGCCAGGUUCGUCUUGGUUUUCGUGGAGACUCGACGUCCCAGGGAGAGGAAUGGAUGCCGCUUUUCCUGCGACAUUCACCGGCCAGGGACGAGGACCACUCGCGUGCACGUCAACGAGUCGGGGACUCCGCCGAUUUCUGUGCGCUUGAUUGUUAACGUGAACAUCCAGGAGACCGAGACCGCGAUCCGUGGUAAAACAAAACGACACAGCAAGUUCAAGAGGAGCGUGGCCAAUCGCUACUGGCAACCCAACACGAAUUUAAGCUAACCCAAGGCUAGCUAGAAUCCACCAUUCUUUGUUUGUUUAAUUUGAGUUAUCCAAUACGGUCUGGAGUUGGAUGGAUACUUGGGUUAAGAAGAAGGUGACCGCCCACACGUGAUUCUGCCCUCAGCGGGUUUAGCUUGAUUUUUAAAGGACAUAAAUCAUCCGACUUCUCUAGGCUCGGUAUGGCUCGGUAGUAUCGCGGUACUGCAGCUGACCCAGCUAGCUAGCAUCUGUUAGCUGGUAGGUAGCGCCAACAGCCGCCUGCCACUUCUUCUUUGGCUUUUACUAACUCCUCCACGGCUAAAGAUGCAACACCAGGACUUUCCUGGAGACCCGCCCGCGGCCGGGAGCCGGAAAGCGGCCUUCCACUACAGGAGGGGGAGCAGCGGCGCGACUGCCCCCUCCGCCGCCGCCGGCAGCGGGGUCAACGCGGUGGACGAUAACCCGACCCAGACUGGAUCCUCCUCCCCGGGACUUCACCACCAGCCCCCGUCCCAAGUUUCCGGCGCUCAGGUGAAGAAGAAGAGUGGCUUCCAAAUCACAAGUGUCACCUCGGCUCAGAUCAACGUGAGCGGCAACAACAGUCUGGCAGAUGACACCGAGAGCUACGAUGAUAUGGACGAGUCGCACACCGAAGACCUCUCCUCCUCCGACAUGCUCGACGUGUCCGUGUCCAGGGCCACGGAUACAGGUGUGCCGGAGAGAAGCUCCUCCGAUGAGACAUUGAACAGUCUCCAUGGGGUCGACACACCCGGGCUUGCUUCGCCCAACGAACCCCUUCACCCUCAUUCCAUCCCCCAGGGGUCUCAGCAGCAAACCUCUAUCGUAAAUGGGACCAUGCAUCAUCAAUAUUAUCCCCAGCAACACGGCCAGUCCCACCAUCAUCACUCUGACAGCCUGGGAGGAGGCGAGCUCCCAGCACUUCCUAUUGCUCCUUUGGCUAGCUCCAGCCCAUCCAUGGCCUCCAAAGCUGGGCCUAGUAUGUCCCAGAGGACACAGGGGCUGGAUAACACAAAACCUGCAAGUGGGACAAGUCAACCAUUAACCCCUAUUGUUGGUGGGGCGGCCACUGAUGCACAUCUACUGGGCAGUGUAAACACAUCUAAUGUGACUGUUGCUACUCCCUCUGGGUCUGCAGGUUUUGACAACACUAGUGCAAGUGGGCAAGUUGCUUCUGCAGGAGGAGGAACCGGUCCGCCUGCUGCUGUCCCGAACACUCACAGCCAGCACGCCCAAACCCAGACAGCUACUGGCUCUCGUUUUAGGGUGGUCAAGCUGGACACUAACUCUGAGCCCUUCCGCAAGGGAAGAUGGACAUGCACCGAGUAUUAUGAAAAGGAGGUUCCUCCUCCAGCUAUGUCUGAGGCUCCAAAAGUUGCAGAGUUGGCCGCAGAUACCGAAGCAGCCACAGCUGGGAUUAGUCCAGGUGUCCCCUCUGUGCAGCCACCUCACACACUGCAGCCCUAUCAGCAGCCGAGCCUGGACUUCACUAGUCCUCAAGCCAUGCAGAGCCCGCCACAGGGACUGGCCCAGACUACACCUCUGACCUAUGUUUCACCCCAAGAGGUCAUGGGUGGAGCUCACAUUCCUAAACCCGUGGCACCUGUCACUCUCCCUACAGCAACAUCACAACUAAGUGGAGGUCAGCAUCUGCCUGUAAUACCCCAGCAGUUGCCCUAUGCUUUGGACCCCAACCAGGCUCAAACCCAGGGAGGUUACCCAGCACCUCAGCUCCAUGCAGGGGUCGGGACCCAAGGAAGCGUCCGUCAGCCAGACUUCAUCCAGCCCACCGCUCCCUUCCAGACUCAGGUCCAGCCUCCUCUGCCACAUGGAACAGGAAUCCCCAUAACACCAGUUCAAGGCGUCCCUGCACAGCCAGCGGUCAGCAUUACUCAGCAGGUGCCCCACCAAGGUCAGGUAGCCCCAGCUCCGGGAUCUUAUGCUACAGGACAGCCGCAGAACCUCCCAUCUCAGCCCCUACCUCACCAACAGCCCCGAUCCACUGCCCCAUUCGCGCACACUCACGGGACCCACUACAUGCCUCUGACCGCGCUGCAAGCUGACCUCCAGCCAAUUCUCACCCCAGGCACGACCCUCACCCAUGUCCCCGGAGGAGGGAGCUCCAUAAGAACCUCCCACCUGGAGGACGCCCAGAGGAUUCUGCUCCAGCACCAAGGCCUGCUGGGUCUCCCCAGGUUGGCGGUGGCAGCGGGUGACCGGGGCUUAGAGGCCAGCGGUGCUGCCGGAACGCUGGCCCACAUGGGGAUGUCGGCGGAGGCCAGUGCAUUGAUGGUCGCUGCUGCUGCGGGCCUCAGGGGUCAGCAUGCUGAAGGAGAGGAGGACAGCUCUUCGGGUGCAAGUGUGGUGGCAAUCGACAACAAGAUCGAACAAGCAAUGGACUUGGUGAAGAGCCACCUCAUGUAUGCCGUGCGCGAGGAGGUGGAGGUGCUGAAGGAGCAGAUCAAGGAGCUGAUUGAGCGCAACACUCAACUGGAGCAGGAGAAUAACCUGCUCAAGAACCUGGCCAGCCCCGAGCAGAUGGCCCAGUUCCAGGCGCAGGUCCAGAACGACGGCUCCCCCACCGGCGGCGCUCAGCCCCCAGUCCCGGUCCCGGUCGGAACCGCACAAGUCCUCCCCUCCGCACAGAACUCGUCCGCGUAGCUCAGAACCUGCACACUGAAGAGCUCCCGAAGGGAUGACAGAUAGAGGGGACGGGAGGAAGAAGAUGAGGAGGAGGAGGAGGAGGAAGAUGGAGUCUUGCCAUACUGUGAACUGACUCUAGCAUCAGGACCGACUAUGCCACCGUCUCAAGGACACUUCACCUUAACCUGGACGACGAAAACCAACCUUCCUUUGUUGCACAUCUUUAUUUAACUGAAAGACUCUGGAAGUUGCACCGGCUCCUGUUUUUAUGUUUCUGCUUCGUCUCUGAAUUUCGCUUCAGACAAUCGUCAUGCUGGUCGUCGCGGUGAUGUCGAGGAGGACGGAGCUGACAGGAACCGACAGUUGUCUCGGGGCCACUGGAGGAAGGAGGAGCUAUAGCGCAUGGCCUCAGCCAAUCAGUGGGAGCACGUCAAAUUCCGUUCUUGUAUGAUUCCCCAAACCCCCGGUGUAAAGCGUGCCAUCGCUCGCCCCACCUCAACACAACGCUGUUCAUCUGCACACAAUUUUUUACUCACCAGCUUCCUGUUUUAUUUUCUCCUUCUCCCCCCCCCUUCUCCCGUUUGCACAUUUUUCGGGCGAUGCUGACAGGGGAUGAAGAUUUGUGCGUCCCAUCUGGAAUGGGGAGUCAAAUAAUGGCGCCGUGAAUUUCUCCGGGUCUCAGCCCUCCCAGCAUCUGAACACGACGAGAAGACGUUAUUUUUCUGGGUUGAGUGGGAGGGGGUCGGUUAUUCCGAGAGAGAAAAAAGAUAUUACCUGCGUCUCAUUGUUCACUUGGAGAACUCUGUGUUCUUUCUGAGGUUCACGUCCCCGUCCCCACCCUAGAGCUCCUGCCCCUUCUCGGACGGAGCAUUAAACAUUUAUGCAGGGAAUCCUUGUAUUUUCAGGGUGGGCUGUGAAUGGAUGAGAAUAUGUUUUUGUCUUGUUUAUCUUUCUUUCUUUCUUUUUGCUCUUAUCGGUGUAAUAAGUGUCUGUAAAAAUAAAUAACAGCGAGGCGAAUAAUUAGGACGUGACUGUUGCUUGGUAGUGAACUCUGUAUAUAUAUGACAAAUGUCCAAUUAAACUCUGCCAAGUGCCUGGAUUCUAACCAUAGAUACAUAUAUAAAAGGUUUUUUAGUUGUCUUAUUCAUAUAUUUGUAUAUACAUUUAUAGAUAUAUAUAUAUAUAUAUCUCUCUAUAUAUAUAUAUCUAUGGUUUUGCCAGGUUUUGAAACUACCUGUGAUGUCAUUACUCAGGUAGGGACCAGAAGAGGAUUAUUUACCUCCGCACUAUAAGAUGCUGUCUCUCCUGAAGUGACACACGGCCUCAAACUGUACGUGACCUCUCCUCUGCCGUCGCUUCAAACUCCCUCGCUCAAAUGAUCAGGACUGUUUGACCGUUUGUGUGGACACAUGUAGUUGUUUUUUAAUGAACUAUUCUUUUCUGUUGUUUUUUUUUCUGUUUUUCUUUCAUGUCUUUUGUACAGCCGAGUGUUUUAAGUUGCUCCUAGUGCAACUGGAGCGCCGAACACAAUAGUGAGACACUUGACAACACAAAAAAAGAAAUGAGAGGGAGAGGAAUUGGAAAUGCCUAGCAGAAUUGUCUAUGUAUUUGCGCAUGUUCCUCAGCCCAUCACAAAUGUGACGUAAAAAUUUGCACUAGACAGUUGCACCUCAAAUAAAAAUGAAAACUAAAGAGCAAAAA